GGGGGCGGGGCCGAGGGGGGCGGGCCUGGACGUGCGGAGUGAAAGCGAAAGGCCGGGCAGAGAGCCGGGAGACCGGAGAUCUUGCAACUGGAGCAGCAUGGCCAAGCCUUGUGGGGUGCGCCUGAGCGGGGAAGCCCGCAAACAGGUGGAUAUCUUCAGGCAAAAUCUUUUUCAGGAGGCAGAGGAAUUCCUCUACAGAUUCUUACCACAGAAAAUCAUAUACCUGAAUCAACUCUUGCAAGAGGACUCCCUCAAUGUGGCUGACCUGACCUCUCUCCGGGCCCCACUAGACAUCCCCAUCCCAGACCCCCCACCCAAGGAUGAUGAGAUGGAAACAGAUAAGCAGGAGAAGAAAGAAGUCCCUAAGUGUGGCUUUCUCCCUGGAAAUGAGAAGGUUCUCGCCCUACUUGCUCUGGUUAAGCCAGAAGUGUGGACUCUCAAAGAAAAAUGCAUUCUGGUGAUCACAUGGAUCCAGCACCUGAUCCCCAAGAUUGAGGAUGGAAAUGACUUUGGGGUGGCAAUCCAGGAGAAGGUGCUGGAGAGGGUGAAUGCAGUCAAGACUAAAGUGGAAGCCUUCCAAACAACCAUUUCCAAGUACUUCUCAGAACGCGGGGAUGCUGUGGCCAAGGCCUCUAAGGAGACUCAUGUAAUGGAUUACCGGGCCCUGGUACAUGAGCGAGAUGAGGCAGCCUAUGGGGAGCUCAGGGCCAUGGUGCUGGACCUGAGGGCCUUCUACGUGAGUGUGGGGCUGAGCUUUAUCAUAUCAUCAGCAGCAACCUAGAGAAAAUUAUCAACCCAAAGGGUGAAGAGAAGCCAUCUAUGUACUGAGCCCAGGGCCAGAAAGGAAAUAAAUGAUCUAUGCUUUGUG